AUGAAAGCCCGACCUUGAACAUUUAUCAAAGUAAGCAACGCUAUUUAAAUACUCUUAAAGAUUUUACAUUCAUGUACACCUCUGCUUUCCUGUUGGUAGUGCUGGGCUGCAUCUUCGUGCACUCCCCCAGCCCAUGUAACACUUCAGAUGGCGUGGACCUGGAGGACUUGGCUGCUACCAACACAUGGGUCAUCAUGCGAAGCUCUCCCUGCAGUGCCACCUGUGGCCUGGGCCUGCGCAUCCAGGAGCUCUGCCCUACGGGGCUGGCACAGGCCAAUGGCACGACUUGCCAUGUCCGACAGGUCCAGUGCUUGCAGAGCUGGCAGUGUGGCCUGAGGACCCAGACAGUAGUUGUUGGACAGAGGGUGGAACUGGACUGUCUGGAGGAGGUGAUGGAAGCCAUGGGUCGCUUUGCCUUCAUAGUGUCCUGGCGUUUUGCGCGAGGCAUCAUUACCACAGACAACAGCUUGUUCAUGCAACACGACGUUCCAGGGCUAGACCGGGUGGUGCUAGACCCAGUUAGGGAGGAGCACGCUGGGACAUACCGCUGUGACGUACAGGAUACGUCCUACCACAAGGUGAAGAGGAUGUACAAAGGAGUUAAGGUCUUAUCUUCACGUGUGUUGAGCUUGGAUUUCACUAAGAGUUUGAUUCAGUGGGAAAAACCUGGGGACCUGUGGCCAAAUAUAACUCUCGUCACUGGGAAACUAUAUCCAGGCAACACGGUCCAAAACAUGGUACUGGUUAGUUUGUCUAUAGCUAUGGUCAUAGCCAUGAUCAUCUUUGUUGCUCUUUUUAUUUUUUCUUACUGGAAAAGGGUCACUGAGCAACAGCCCACCUUCCCAUGAGUAUUUAUGAACUCUUUGA